AGCUACGUAAAACCAAAUAAGCCGGCAAUUUUGAAUUCAUAUGUAUUAUCCACAAACCAAACAGGUCAACUGUGUCAAUAUAACACGGUCACCAUCUCAUUAGCAAAGGGUCGUUAAAUUUUUUUAUAGUGAAUUUCUAAAAAUAACCCAAACAGCACUCUAAGCUGUUGUUUUUCUCAGGCCAUCAUUCCACAUGUCACAUGACUUCUAAGCCUCGCCGGAGAAUGUUCCGUCUCGGUCGAAGAAGAUUCCUUCGCCGAGUCUUUAUCCUCCGUCGAUGUCUUCGAUUUCUCUGGAACCGAAUUCUCACUUGCACGCUAGGAAAGUCCGCUCUGUAUAGACAGCUGCCACGCAUCGCCAUGUCAUCCCCUUCUCUGGUUGCGGUAGAGAGCGGUUUUGGGUCCGGGGAUACGGGGUCUAGGUGCUUUGAUCAGGGGAGAGACUCUGGGGAUUUGGUUGCUUUGAAGAUUUGUUUGUUGGGUGAUUGCCGGAUUGGGAAAACAAGUUUUCUGACCAAGUAUGUAGGGAGAGAAAGAGAAGAGCAAGGAUUUCAGAUGACAGGACUCAAUCGGAUGGAUAAAACGCUGUGUGUUAGAGGGGCACGCAUUGCUUAUAGUAUUUGGGAGGUUGGAGGAGAUGAGACUUGUCAGAAUCAUGUUCCAAUUGCAUGUAAAGACUCGGUAGCAAUAUUAUUCAUGUUUGAUCUAACAAGUCGAUGCACUUUAAAUAGUGUUAUCGGAUGGUAUCAAAAAGCAAGGAAGUGGAAUAAGACUGCAGUUCCAGUACUAAUAGGGACCAAGUUUGAUGAGUUUGUACAGCUACCAAUAGAUUUGCAAUGGGCAAUCGCAAGUCAGGCAAGAGCAUAUGCAAAGGCCAUGAAUGCGACCCUCUUCUUUUCAAGCGCGACUUACAACAUAAAUGUGAAUAAAGUCUUCAAGUUCAUCACUGCAAAGCUCUUCAACCUACCAUGGAGUCUCCAGCGAAACCUUACAAUCGGCGAACCCAUGAUCGAUUUCUAGAUUUCACCUUUGGAUUAGUUUUACACCUUUUGCACAAAAAUAAAUAUUUGACUAGUAAAAAUAGCAAAAAUUAAGUUUGUUGGCUAAUUGCACAAAAAGAUUAAAGUCAACCGGUCACUGGAUUUGCCAGAAAUGUCUGUCUGUCCUCUGGUGAAUAUACGAGUUGUUGCUAUCUUCAUUGUAAGAAAGAACGAAAUACUCUAUUUCAUUCAUCAAGUGUAGAAAUAGUUUCUUCAUAUCAAAUAGAGGGUUAAGGACAAAAUCUUAAGUUGUUUUGUUGUGUUUUAAUUUUUUUUGUUUUGAUAUUUUUUGGAAAUAAAAAUAAUGAAAAAAGUUAAAGGGCU